CUGGCUGGCGGACCGGGUUGGGAGUGAAGCGCGCGGGGCUCGGAGGCGCCGGUGGGGGCCUGUGCGCACCAAGAGGCAGCGGGGGACGUGGCCAGCCGCCGCCCUGCCAGAAAGUUUCCUGGAAGUUUGCUGGGCGCCGUCGCAAGGCCACCUGCAGGACCAUGAACGUGUUCCGAAUCCUCGGCGACGUGAGCCACCUCCUGGCCAUGAUCUUGCUCCUGGGGAAGAUCUGGAGGUCCAAGUGCUGCACGGGCAUCUCUGGGAAGAGCCAGAUCCUUUUCGCUCUCGUCUUCACCACCAGGUACCUGGACCUCUUUACCAACUUCAUCUCCAUCUACAACACAGUAAUGAAGGUGGUUUUUCUCCUCUGUGCCUAUGUCACUGUCUACAUGAUCUAUGGGAAAUUUCGGAAAACAUUUGACAGUGAGAAUGACACAUUCCGCGUGGAGUUUCUCCUGGUCCCAGUCAUUGGCCUCUCCUUCCUUGAAAACUACAGUUUCACUCCCCUGGAGAUCCUCUGGACUUUCUCUAUCUACCUGGAAUCGGUGGCCAUCCUGCCUCAGCUCUUCAUGAUCAGCAAGACUGGUGAGGCCGAGACCAUUACUACUCACUACCUGUUCUUUCUGGGUCUGUACCGGGCACUCUACCUGGCUAACUGGAUCAGGCGGUACCAGACGGAGAAUUUCUAUGACCAAAUCGCAGUAGUGUCUGGAGUGGUACAAACCAUCUUCUACUGUGACUUCUUCUACUUGUAUGUGACCAAAGUCCUUAAAGGAAAGAAGUUAAGUCUUCCAGUGCCAAUUUGAGGGCUUUGAGAUGUUCUACACCUUAAGGGCAUGGAAUACACCAUUUCAAAUGUUCCUCUUGAUGACUUAUCCACGAUUGGGCUCAAAUGUUACAAUUAAAGCCAGAAAAAGCUAAAUAUGGACUUCAGCUGACCACUGAUCUUUCUCUCUAGAAGACUGUCUCAUCAAUAGGAGCUCCCUGAUAAGCCUAUUAGAGAGGUAAUGAAGCUAGGCCGAUUACACAAGUAUGCUGCCUCAAAAUAUCAACAGCAAGAAGGCUUAAGGUGCCCAAUAUAUAUUGCUCUAAAAGCCCUAGUGCAAGACUCAUGCUCUUUAAGAAACAGUCACUCCAAUCUGGAAAGAUGGCCCAGUGUGUAAGGAGAAUGCCCCAACUGAAGCUGGCAGCCCAAACAUUAGGAGCAUACUGCUCUGGGAAUUUUCACUUUCCAGGUAUGAAAGCAAACCUAGGGAGUGUCAAGACACAAAGGUGAUAAUCUACAGGUGUGAAAUACCAGUUCACUUCCACCCUGCCUUUAGUAGUAAACCAGAUCCACCUGCUUUAAUGGGAGGCAAGUAGUUUCACAUGCCUCAACUUUAAAAGGGUCUUUUUACUGUGGUUCACACCAAGUGCUACACUAGCCCUGCACCCACUCCUUAAAUCCCAGUAUAACCCUACCUUAAAUCCCAGUAUAACCCUAGGUAGCUACCAUUAGCAUUAUCACUUGUUUACUGACGAGGAAACAUAACCCAAGCCCUUAACUACUAGGCAUACAUAAAGACCAAUCAAUUUCACUGUCCUUUUCAGAGUUUCGGUGCGAACC